AUGCAGAGAAAGAACUGCAGCUCCCUGUGCCGCCGCCAGAGGGAGCCGCAGCGCCCUGUGCCGCCGCCAGAGGGAGCUGCAGCGCCCUGUGCCGCCGCCAGAGGGAGCCGCAGCGCCCUGUGCCGCCGCCAGAGGGAGCUGCAGCGCCCUGUGCCGCCACCAGAGGGAGCUGCAGCGCCCUGUGCCGCCGCCAGAGGGAGCUGCAGCGCCCUGUGCCGCCGCCAGAGGGAGCCGCAGUGCCCUGUGCCGCCGCCAGAGGGAGCUGCAGCGCCCUGUGCCGCCGCCAGAGGGAGCCCUCACAUUGGAAACAUUGUGUAA